GUGUGUGUGUGUGUGUGUGUGUGUGGGUGGGGCCAUCCCAGUCUGCAUCGAGGUCAGUCCUGAUGGUGCCUUGUUAAUGAGAUGGGGGUCAAAGGGCAGUGCUGACCAUAAUGGAACGAUCAUGACUCCACACACACACUUAAAGAGAGUCUUUAGUGUUUCUCCAAGUGUCCUCGUCUUUAUUGUUCUUUUCUUUUCUUUUUAGAUAUUACCCUCUGCAUUGCUUUCCUCAUUUGAUCCCCGCCUUCCUCCCUCCCUCCUUCCCUCCCCCUCUCCCUCCAGGGCACUAUUCUGUGUUGCCUCUCUAUGAGAGGCUGCUAUUUAAAACACUUAGAAGUGAUUUAGUGCCCACGGAGGCUAUUCCAUUAGCUGCUCUAUGUAUUUAUCACAGCUCUCCCGCUCUCAGUAGAUUGCUAACUCUACAAUUUUCUUGCCUUCCCCCUUCUUCCCUCUCUCUCUCUCUCUCUCGCACACAUUUCUCUUCUCCUCUCUGAAAACUUUAUUAUGAGACAUUAGCAUAAGUGACAUGAACAAAUAAGAAGUUCCUCCGCCUUUAUUUUGAAAAACCUCACAACAUCAACUGUAUGGCUAUUAGGUCAGCAGAAUUUAAAACGCUGAUGAGCUCUCCGUGUCCCAACAGGACGGCCGGUUGAGCGUCAAUGACCAGAUGAUCGCGGUAAACGGCGAGUCGCUGCUGGGACGCUCCAACCACGCUGCCAUGGAGACUCUGAGGCGCUCCAUGUCGUACGAGGGGAACGCCAGGGGAACCAUCCAGCUCGUAGUGCUCCGGACGUCCAGACAGAUGGGCAGUGGCAACCCAGCACCGAACACGGCGACAAACGGGUCCGCCACCCAUCAACCGAACAACUACGCGGCCUCCAGCAAUCAGGUACGAGCGAGUGAUGCCCGCCCCCAUCACCAGGAGGAGCCGCCUCCGCCCCGCCGCUCCUCCUCGCUCAUCCCGGCGCUGAGGAGGCGAGCGUGGUACGAGUUCGGGUUCGUCUCUCACAGUCAGACACUGAGCAGCUUCGACAGACACGCAGAGGGAAACUUAAACAGGGAAAGGUACGAUCACGGAUACGCACGCGGCCGAACGCUCGCAGACGCGGCCGACAACGCGCGCGGCCACGCGUACGCCGACGCCCAGGGCCGCAGGUCCGGGCACGCACGCAGCCACACGCCGGACGCCGUCCACGGCGGUCGCGGCAACACGUACACCGAGAACAUCAGGGCGAUGGCCGGGCAGAUGUACGGAGAGCCACCCACACACAGCAGGGUGCACACCCGCAGCCCCAACCGAAACGCACGAGCGUCCGCAGACCGAUACCUAGACGCACACGCCCAUAACUACGCACACAACCGAGCUCUCACCAGACACCAACACCUCCAGCUGUCUGGUGGACUCUGACACUGUGUGUGUGUGUGUGUGUGUGUGUGUGUGUGUGUGUGUGU